AUGGGCGUCCGACCGGGUCCCGUGACGCCGAUUGCACUCCUGGGCGUGUUGGCUUGUCUUGCACGACUUCCCAUAUCCGGCGCGGUGUCCCUCUCAUCGCCUUCGCGGGGCCUCUUCAUCUACUCGGCGGUGCCCGUGAGCGCGGUCUCGCAGUUCUCUUUGCCUCCCCUUCGACAGAGCGGCUCCUCGGACGCGAGGCGGCUGCAAAGGAGCCCUAGCGCUGCAGCAGGUGUUCCCCUGUCGCCUCCUGUUGCCUUUUUGGCACCACCGUGUGCGCCGAGCGCGUUUCGCACGGGAUGUAGUUCCGCCUAUUCUCGCGGCUCCGCCACCCCGGCAGGAAAGUCUUUCAGCAGCAGCCGCCUGCAGUCGACGGCUGCGUCCUUGGGAGGGGGACUGGGAAGGCGGCGCCUUGACAACAUGAGUCCCGGAGACUUACGAGGGAAGCGGGUUUUGGUGCGAGCCGACCUAAACGUGCCGCUGGAAGUAACGCCAAAAGAUAAUGGGGAGGAGGCGGUCGGGAUUGCCAACGACGCCCGCAUUCGGGCGUCCCUGCCCACUCUACGGUAUCUGGUCGACAGCGGUGCAAAGACCAUCGUAUGCUCGCACCUCGGCCGCCCGAAAACAGAACAAGAUCGGAAGAAGUUUUCUUUAAAACCGGUUGCCGAGCGUCUUCAGAGCCUUCUCGGGAACGUCCGCGUCUUCAUGGCUCCUUCUGUCGUAGGUCCAGAGGUGGAACACAUGGCGUCGCAACUGCAGAAAGGGGACAUUCUUCUUCUCGAAAACGUUCGGUUUGAGAAAGGUGAGACGAAGAACGACCGUGCUCUCUCUCAGCAGCUCGCCAAUCUGGCAGACAUGUACGUGAACGACGCGUUUGGCACAGCCCAUCGGGCUCACUCAUCGACGUCUGGAGUUACCGAGUUCCUUCGGCCCUCUGUCGCUGGCUUCCUUCUUCACCAGGAGCUCGAGCACCUCUCUGCAGUGAUCGCUAACCCGGCUCGACCAUUUGCGGCUUUGGUUGGGGGGGCGAAGGUCUCCUCAAAGCUCGGCGUCCUUCGUGCAUUGAUCCAGAAAGUCGAUAAGCUCGUCAUUGGUGGCGCUAUGGCAUUCACAUUCUUCAAAGCGCGCGGCAUCGACGUCGGGGCGUCUAUCGUGGAGAAUGACGAGCUAGAGUCUGCUGCGGAGCUGGAAGCGCAGGCUAAAGAGAACGGCGUGGAACUGAUUCUACCGGAAGAUGUCGUCGUUGCAGAGCGCUGCGCGCCAGAUGCCCAUCCUGCUGUCGUCCCUAUUAGUGCUAUUCCUCGUGGCUGGAUGGGCCUGGAUAACGGGCCGCAAACCACAAAGAAAAUUGUCGAGGCGCUUCAGGAUUGUAAAACGGUUCUCUGGAAUGGUCCCAUGGGCAUGUGUGAAUAUGGAGCAUUCGCUUCGGGGACCCAAGAAGUUGCGAGAGCUCUAGCCAGCAUGACCAGACGGGGAGUUACCACGAUUGUUGGUGGCGGAGAUUCCGUUGCAGCUGUCGAGCGACUCGGUCUCGCGUCCGAGUUCUCUCACGUUUCCACAGGAGGUGGAGCGUCACUUGAACUGCUCGAGGGCAAAGAACUGCCAGGAAUCGCAGCACUGUCCGUCGAAGACGUAACAAAGUGA